GCUAUAAAUGCCAAUAAAGAUCUCACACCGAUUCUCAAUUCUCUCAUUUCUUCUCUUCAAAUCCUUCCUCCGUUUGUUGGCCAAAUCCGCUCUCUUCCAUCUCUUUUCCAUGUCCACUCUCCCCGCCAAAUCCCGUCUCCGCGGUGUUGUUUUCGACUUGGACGGCACCCUGAUCGCCCCCGUCAUCGACUUCGCCGCAAUGCACAAGGCUGUCCUCGGAGACGAUGAGUACGAGAGGGUCAAAGCUGAAAACCCGUAUGGGAUUGAUAUUUUGCACCACAUUGAGAAUUGGAGUCCUGAUAAGCAGCGAAAAGCUUAUCAGAUUGUUACUGAUUUCGAAAUACAGGGCCUUGAUCGCCUCCAAAUCAUGCCUGGUGCAGCAGAACUUUGUGGUUUUCUUGAUGGAAAGAAAAUAAGAAGGGGACUAAUCACUCGCAAUGUCAAAGAAUCAGUUGAUAUGUUUCAUCAACGGUUUGGAAUGAUGUUUUCUCCAGCACUCAGUCGGGAGUUUUGUCCUUGUAAACCAGACCCUGCUCCUCUGCUGCAUAUCUGUUCGACUUGGGGAGUUCAACCAAAUGAGGUCAUGAUGGUUGGUGAUAAUCUUAAAGACGACGUAGCUUGUGGGAAACAAGCAGGAGCAUUGACAUGCUUGCUUGAUGAAAAUGGGAUGUAUGGCUCUCAAGAUUUUGCCGACCUGGAUCUAACACCAGAUUUCAAGAUGUGUUCCCUGAAAGAAGUUUACUCCCUUCUGGAAUCCAAUUUUGACCUUAGACCCUGAUUUCCAAAUCCAUGGUUGACAAAUGGUUUGGCACUUAAUGGAGCAGCUAACAGUUGUGCUUUGCCUGGUAAGGAUCCUAAACUAAAUAAUUUCUGUGAUAUUAUUUCGCCAUUGUUCCAAAGAAAAAAAAUAUUCAAGGAGACAUCAUUCUACUGUCCAUGGUGGUGUACUUUAGUCUUGGUGCCUUGCUGUUCAUGUCCCUUGUAAUGCUGGGCAACCCAAAAUCUUUGUUCUAGAUGUACAUGUCCAAUUGUAAAGAAAUA